CAGUAAAGAUAUUUUCCACUUUCUCUGUUCAUACUUGACAUUGAUUACAGUACUCUUUGGUAACUCUCACACCAACCAUCCCUAGGCAGUAGGCACUAUAUAGUCAUCAAAUCAUAUGCAUAUUCGCAUAUAUAUCUCCAUCAGAAAUUAAGGAAGGAGCAUCCAAUAUCCUCGUUUUUAUAAGUGAUCUUCAGAGUAGCAGAUCUGGUGUUUUGUAUGCUGGAUUUCGUCGAGGUUUGAAUUGUACGGUUUUGCUGUUAGCGACAGUUUGUUAUUUACUGGAAUGAGAUUUUGAGAUCAAAACCGAAGUUAGAAGUAAUACAUAAGGAAGCGAGGAAGAUGGGCGAAGGACAGCGGUUUCAGCUGGGAACAGUUGGAGCGUUAGGUUUGUCGGUGAUUUCUUCGGUUUCGAUUGUGAUUUGCAACAAGGCGUUGAUAAGCACUCUUGGUUUCACUUUUGCUACUACUUUGACAAGCUGGCAUCUUUUAGUCACAUUUUGUUCGCUGCACCUGGCUUUACGGAUGAAAUUUUUUGAGCACAAGCCUUUUGAUUCAAAAGCUGUCAUGGGAUUUGGCAUAUUGAAUGGAAUCUCCAUUGGACUUCUAAAUCUCAGCCUGGGCUUCAAUUCUGUUGGUUUUUACCAGAUGACAAAACUAGCAAUCAUCCCCUGCACUGUACUUUUGGAGACUCUUUUCUUCAGCAAGCAAUUCAGUAAGAAAGUCAGGUUUUCACUUACUGUCUUACUCUUGGGAGUUGGAAUCGCAACAGUAACAGACCUGCAGCUCAAUCUCUUGGGCAGCAUCUUAUCGCUACUUGCCAUAAUAACAACUUGUGUUGCUCAAAUUAUGACAAAUACAAUCCAAAAGAAGUUCAAGGUUUCUUCAACUCAACUCCUCUACCAAUCUUGCCCGUAUCAGGCUCUUAUCCUGUUCAUCGUAGGUCCUUUUCUAGAUGCCCUUUUGACGAAUCAGAACGUUUUUGCUUUCAAAUACACAAAUCAAGUGCUGGUAUUCAUCAUUCUCUCCUGCCUCAUAUCGGUCUCUGUCAACUUCAGUACUUUUCUGGUGAUCGGAAAGACAUCUCCAGUGACUUAUCAGGUGUUGGGUCAUUUGAAAACAUGCCUAGUUUUGGCAUUUGGAUAUGUUCUGCUACACGAUCCAUUUAGCUGGCGAAACAUUCUGGGAAUCCUCAUUGCUGUUGUCGGUAUGGCACUCUAUUCUUAUUUCUGUACUCGUGAUACACCGCCAAAGCCCACUGAACCAUCAACACCGUUUUCUCAGAAGAAUGAAAGUGAGAGCGAUCCUUUAGUAAGUGCGGAAGAUGGAGCGAGUGUGUCAAAUGAGGGCAGUCCUCAGAAACCACCCGUGUGGAACUCGGACAAGGAUCUGCACGCUUAAAUGAAUCGUGACGAUUAUUCGAUCUUCAGGUAUAAAUACUCUUUAUUCACGAAUACCAUGCGUAACGACGAUGUCUCCAUCACCGUUCACGUUCACGUUCACGAGUGUGUUAAAAGAGAUCGGGAUUCCGGGUUUUAGAGAAGAUUGUAAGAUCCAAUCUAUUUUGAUCAUUUAACGUUUUCACUGUUUUAUAAAAUGAGUCAUAUUUUCUUGGUGUAAAAUGAAGAUAAAUUGUACUAUUUUUCGGAUCUUUUGUCAUAAUCAUGAUAUCUGAAUUUUUUGUUGAAUUAGUUAAUAAAUCCCAUUUACGCAAUUAA